GUCCUGCGGUGCGCAGAGUGGCCCGCAGGUGGCGCUGCUGCCCGGACGUCCUGCGCAGACGGGAGGGGCGGGGUGUGGGCGCCUGGAGCUGCGAAUGUGAGUGUCCUGCGGGGCCCUCCCGCGGGACACCGCUCCUGACUCUCCCGUGGAGCACAGCUGCUCUCGUGUCAGUCCCUCCCCGCGGGGCGCAGGACAGGGGCACCUUGCUUUUCUGGGACGCGCCUGCGCAAGAGUGUGGAGGACGGAGCCCAGGCUCUCCGCGGCUGUGCCGGGUGACCGAAUGGACAGGUUCCUGGUGAAGGCGGGCCCGGGCGACCCCCGGGAAGGAGGGGAGGAGCCCGCCCCGACCGGAGGAACCUCGCGCCGCUUGCCGAGCCCCAGCUGGCAGCACCUUCGCGCGGAAGGUCUGAACUGUGAUUACACCGUCCUGUUUGGCAGAGCCGAGGCAGACGAGAUUUUCCGAGAGCUGGAGCAAGAAGUGGAGUAUUUUACCGGUGCACUGGCCAAGGUCCAGGUGUUCGGAAAGUGGCACAGUGUUCCCAGGAAGCAGGCAGCCUAUGGAGAUGCUGGGCUGACGUACACGUUUUCUGGUCUUACACUGACCCCGAAGCCCUGGAUUCCAGUUCUGGAGCGCAUUCGAGAUCGAGUCUGCAGGGCAACAGGACAGACCUUCAACUUUGUGUUCAUUAACAGGUACAAAGAUGGCUGCGACCACAUUGGGGAGCACAGAGAUGAUGAGAAAGAACUGGCCCCGGGGAGUCCCAUCGCGUCUGUCUCCUUUGGAGCUUGCAGAGACUUCCUCUUCCGGCACAGAGACUCUCGAGGGAAGAGACCCCGGCGGACAGUGGAAGUGGUCAGGCUGCAGCUGGCCCACGGAAGUCUGCUGAUGAUGAACUACCCCACCAACACCUACUGGUACCAUAGUCUCCCCAUCCGCAAGAAGGUCCUGGCUUCUCGGGUCAACCUGACUUUUCGCAAAGUUUUACCUACUAAGAAAUAAAACGUUUAUCUUUG